GUGUGUCUGUAUGGAGCGCGGGGGGAGACGUGUUGUCAUAUCCUGAGCUCCUAAAUCAGUUCACGUUCUCUCGUAGUGCUCCGAGGUCUCUUUAUGGCAUCUCUGUAAUGUUCUAGAGUAACGCUUCAUGUUGCUAACGGAGAGUUUGGCUACUUUUCUACUGCAACAUCAGCGAUAUUGCUGUGGUAUUAGCUGCAGCUUGAGUCUUUGAAGGCUUGGUCUCUGCUGGCGUGGACAUUAGAGGAAACUUUGUAUUUAUUUAUAAUGCACUUACACAAUUUGAGUGAGUUUGUCAUUUUAAUGACAGCCUCAGAGUUGAUUACCUUAAAAGCAUUGGUUGAUCAGACGGCUGUUAAAUCCUUUAGUGUGUCAGCUCGUUUAACCGUUGGUGCCCUUUCACCAGCGUGGUACUCAUGUGUAAUUCAAGUUUCUGUAGCUGGAUGGGGAGAAAAACCUGUUGGUCUCGCUUUUUUAGGGGUUGGGCUCUUUCUUUUGUUUUCCCUCUUUUCACUUAGUGAAACGGUGUUUCGUCCCUCUCUCCCUUCUUUAUCCUCCCCUCGCUUUCCCCUUCCCAGGAAUACCCUUUCUUGAGGUUACAUCACCUAGCAACUUUGUAUGUAGCGGCAUGAAUGAUGUACCUCUGCCCCCCCUCCCCAACCGACCUUGCCUUUGCAUGGUUGCAACAGCCUUCAUUCAUAUACCAGUGUUUCAAAACCAAUCACGAGUCAGGUCUUUCCACUGCUCAUCGGUUCACUUUGUCUCUUUCUCUCUCCUCAUCGUUAUCAGUCCAAGUCACACGUUUGUACAAAAACGUUUUUUCUGCUUUCCUCCAAAUGAGUCAUGCACAGCCCGUGCAACCGUUACUCCGGAUGUCUUGAUUUUAUGGUUGGCUUGACUUAUUUGGCAAAAACACAUGCAGAUGGAGACCCACAAGAAGCUGGUCACAUUGUUGAAAGUGACAGUUGAUUUAAUGGCAGUUUCAUUUCUUCCCCUUUCCCCUUGGCACUCCUUUUCCCCUUUGGCUUGUUAUAAGAUGUAGGACUUUCCGCUGUGCUUUAUACACACACACACACACACACACACACACACACACACACACACACACACACACACACACACACCACAUCCUGACUCUCAGGUGCUUGGAAACAAAGGGAGCUAACGAGUGCCAACACUCAUUUCAUCACGCGGUUGAAAAUGCAAGUGAUAUUAUCACUGCAUACGUGCUCCACCUCUUUCUUUUUUUCACUUAGGAAGUGUGUGUGUGAUGUAGUCAUGCUCCACAUAUACUUUCACAUCUGUGUGGAUGCAGGUGAGAGAGAGAGAGGAAUAAUUAAGCUAUGACAGAGGAGGCCUUAAAGCUGAAGCUCCUGUUAGCACUUCUCCAGGGAGCAGAAGGAAGAAGAUGAGGAGGAGGAGAGCUGACGUCAUUGCUGCUGCGGUGCUUCUUUGUCAUCUUGCAUCUCAAAGACUUGUGCGCAGCAGGGUAAGAAUAGGUUAGGCGAGAGAGUCUACAAUCACUGCUGGCUUGUUUGUUUGUUUGUUUGUUUUCCACAUUCAUCUCACAGUUCAGAGCUUCUUUGAGAACUCAACGGCAGAAAAAGAGCAAAGCCCCCCCCCUUGCUGCGGUUACAUAACUGCCAUCUUCUGAAGGUGACUGUCUCCUGGCUCUGCUAUCUCAGUCUUUUUCUUGGCAGGCUGCAGUGAUUUGUUUUCACUAAACAGCAGAGUGGAUUCGGUCUCUUUGACAUUGAAGCGUCAGUAUUCACUGGCAUAGGCUGCCUUCGUUAUGCUCAGUUAAUCCUGUGUUUGUCUGGUGUGUCUGAAGCCUUCGAUUUAAGCAGCAGACAUUGAUCUGUUCUCUGCAGUCCCUUAAAGUGCUUAUGUGUGUUUUGAGCAGUGAGGAAGUGAAUGAUGGGGAGCAAAAGAAGCUGAAUGUUUUUAUUUGUGUCCUUCUCCUUAUUUGCCCGCAUCAUAACUAGAGUACUCUGCAGUGAUUGGCUCACUUCCUGGAGGCUUGUCUCUGCGCUAUCCCCUCCCUUACCGUACCUAUGCAUCAUUUAUAUGAAUGAACAGUCACAGGCACUUAUAUGUGCUCAAAACGCCGUAUAACCUUGUGCUGCGUGUUCAUUCCCGUGUUCAGUCCUUUCUCGAUAUUAAUGCAAGAGCUGGCAAUCACCUUUCUGCAGUUACGAUGACGGUGCAAAACUGCGAGUCUGUCAGCUUCCUGAACUCCUCGACUUUCUGCAGAGGUUGGACAGGAUUUGACUCAGACUUCGAUUUAGUAAACAUUGUGUGUUUGGUCUGCGAUGGGUGGAGAUGGGAUGUUUAGCCCUUGUUUAGGAUGUAUACAGAUGUCAAGAUUACUGCCUCCCAGGGAUUUUCAUCCCCUGCCCCCCAAUGUCCCUCCUUUUCGCUCUACCCUGCAGUCCACCAUGUACUGCCCAGCAGUCAGCAGUUUGUUUAUGGGACUCUGUUUGCCAAGCUAAUCUUCCCGCCUUUCAAGUGUGAGCCAGCAAGUGGGAGGGAGGGAGAGAGGGAGAGAGAGCGAGCGCAAGAGUGUGAAAGUGAAGCAGGCAGUUGCAGUAGUUGGAAAGGAGCGAGAAAGAGAAACCUGCUCAGAGAAGUGCGUCUAGUUUUGUGAAUGGUUGUUUGUUUUGAGGUGUUUUUCUCUGCCCGUCCGGCCAGCUUCGUGAGUGACCUGCGUUGAAGUCGAAGGUCUUUGCAGCAGACAUAUGAUUACACUCAGUGCUACGUUGGAGCUGGGAGCAGUUUUCCUGGUGCACCUGUAGCAGAGUUUCAAACGGGAGCAAAAACGGGGAGGUGAAACGGUAUAUAGGGUGCUGUGGUUUGGAGCAUCGUCACCUUGGCUCUGCUUGAUCGACUGCUGGAUGGGGGUGCUGGUGUGCUGUGACUGCUUCUUCUAUAGGAAGUCCAAAACGAAGCCAAAUGGAAAGAAGCCACCAGCAGAAGAGAAGAAACAGUACUUGGAACCAGAGUUCACGAAGGUCCGCGUGGUGGACUUCGACCUUAAGGAGUUGGUGGUGCUGCCCAGAGAGAUAGAUCUCAACGAAUGGCUAGCCAGCAACACAACAACAUUCUUCAAUCUUAUCAACCUUCAGUACAGCACUAUCUCAGAGUUCUGCACUGGGGAGAUCUGUCAAGCCAUGACGGCCUGCAACACAAUAUACUACUGGUAUGACGAGAAGGGGAAGAAGACGAAGUGCACUGCUCCACAAUAUGUAGACUUUGUAAUGAGUCUUUGUCAGAAACUGGUCACAGAUGAGGAAAUCUUUCCUACAAAAUAUGGCAAAGAGUUCCCCAACUCCUUUGAGUCCUUGGUAAAGAAGAUCUGCCGGUACCUGUUCCACGUGCUGGCUCACCUCUACUGGGCGCACUUUAAAGAGACGGUAGCUCUGGAACUGCAGGGCCACUUGAACACUCUGUAUGCACAUUUCAUCGUUUUCGUAAGGGAAUUCAACCUGGUCGACCCCAAGGAGACCUGUAUCAUGGACGACCUGUCCGAAAUCCUCUGCACCCCUGCCCCGCUGCCAGCACUAACCCCGGCCCCCUCCGCCACAGCACCCUCCCCUUCUUCACAAAACCACGUGACGGAGAGAUGAGCGGGGGGGGCGGUGGUGAAACGGCAGCCGCGGGGGUGUUAGAAGAUCAGAUGGAGAAGGACAGACAGCCAGGCCCUGGUGCAAGCAGGACUUAAGAGACCUUCCACUACCCUUAUAUUUCGCUACAACUCCAACCAACCAGCCGGAAGGAAAAGGGGCGAGGGGGGAUUUUUCAAGGGGGAGGGUUGGGGGUGGUGGGUAGGGGAGGAGUUUGUCACGCCAGCAGGAAUUGGCGUGAGCGUUCCUCCAAGGGACAAAUUCCUCCCACCUUCUCUGCAAUUUAAACUAGGAACAAAAAGUAUGUGUUUUAUUUUUUUGUUUGUUUUUAUUUUCUUUUAUUUUUUGUUGACUUUUUAUUUUUGGUUUGAGAGGGAGGUGCAGUGUGUUUGUCAGCACUUCACCUCCCUCUAUCCUCUGCCUAACAUACAGUACAGGAAGGGGGGCUCUGCUUUGCUUCGACCUACUAUUGUACAGUGUUGUUGAUGUGUGGAGAAGAGGCGUCUCUGCUGACUUGUGGGCUUGUCCUUCCCCCCUUCGACAGUGGGAGGCGGCCGACAGGCGCACGGCCACUACCCUGGCCAGUAGGGAGCCAUGUUACUGCCUGACAGGGGCGAUACUAGCCAAUCACUGUUUUGGGUUGUUUAUGUGGGGGAUGAUUAAAGCGCUUCCUACUCAGGACCUGAGAGAAUACGUCACUGCUGCCAGAGAGACUCUACUCAUUUUCAUUCUCUAUCCCUUGUUCACCAGACUGCUCAGACAGAUGUCGAUUGUGUUUAACUACAAUAUAGUCAAAUAAUCACCAGGGGAACCCCUUAACAAAAAUAUCCCAGAGCUUACCUUUAGAGGGCAGCAAAGAUGUGGAAGAUGCCACAGAAACAGGGUGACGGAGAAGAGAAUAUAAAGAUUGUAUGAGAGAUAUUUAAUCCUAUCAGAGAAUCGAGACUUUGAGACAGAUUGGUGCCUGCAUAAGGUGAAUCAGAGCUGUUUGCUGGUGUCUCACACAGCAGCAGCCCCUUAACCCACCAACACCAUCUCCACCCACUCACUCCAGCAGCACAGAAGGACAAAGACAUGAGGUAAUGUCUGCAGGCGCAGAGAGGGGGAGAGAGGGAUGGAGUGAGAGGUGAGGGCAAUGGUGUGACGCUGCUCUGCUGUUUAAACCAGUAAUUCCAGUGCAAAAUAAAAAUCUAUUUUAUUUUUACCAGUCCCUUUAAAUUUGCUUUUUUAUAUAUAUAUCAGAGGAAAAAUUACUUUGGAAAUGAUAACAGUAUCAUUACACAUGUAUAGAAAAUGCACAGUCUGCUUGGACUUUACUGUACAAAGAAUCACAAGCGGGUUCUGUCAGAAAUAGCCUCUGUAUGGAGGAGGAUUCAAUUUAUAAUUCUCCUUUUUUAUUUAUUUUAACUUUUUUUGCAGGGUUCCUCAGUUCUGGCUCUUGUUUUUAUGUAUUUUAAUUAUUAACUAAGUUAAAAGCAAUUUAAUAUUUUAAGCUCUGCGGAUUAUAAUCUAAUAAAAGAGAGAAAUGCCA